GAGCCGGAGUGCGUGGACCCCACCCUCGGGGCACCGGGCGCCGGGACCUGCUCCUUCUCCCGUGGGAAGGAGGACCCUCCGCACUCCCGGGACAGCCAGGAGAGAUCGCCGCAGGGCACGCGCUGUCCCUCCCACGCUGGCUCUGGAGGAGACCCCCAGAAGUCGGGAAGGACAGUGGGACCUGAAGGACCCGGAGGGAGACCGCCCCGACUCCUCAACGCACUCCAGACAGUUCGGGACUUUGGAGGCAGAGGGAAAGGGAGCCGUGCCUGUGGAGUAGGCACCCCGCAUCCCACCCAGUACUCACCGCGGAGAGGCGUCCUGACACGCACAAGCCAGGACCCUCCAGGGAACCGCCAGCAAUCCGUUCCAGUUUGCUGGAGAAGUGGAAGACCUCUCGCCCCCCAACUUCCGUGCACCUAGACAGUGGACCCGGGCAGAGCCCCUCAGCUCAGAUCUCCAGCAGACAGAAAGAGCCCUCAGCCCCUGAAAGAUCCAGUUUGGGGGGGAGGGGGAUUCCCCCAAAGGGGAGGAGACAACUCCUGGUUGGGAGAGGCUCCUCCCCUCCUCCCUAGGGUAGCAGGCAGGGUGUGGGGGGUGUGCCACCUUCCCCAGGUAGGUCCUCCCUCUCCCCCUCCUCCUCCUUCGGCUCCUCUUCCUCGGGGGACUCAGUGCCCCGCUCCAGCUUGGGAGGCUCCGCCAGGCACUGGAAGAGUCACAGAGGAUGAGACCUGUCACCCACCUGUGAAGAGGGGAAUCCCUGCAACCUCAAACUUCUGUACCAGGUGGUUUCCUCCGGUGGCGGCCGGGGGAACCUUGGAGGCAGAGACUCUGAGAAACGGGCUUUUUAGAUUUUGGAGACCAAAGGGAUGGGUCAUUUGCAGUUCCUAGAGAAGUGGAUGCUCUGUACUGAGAACAGACAACAGGGCAUGCCUUCGUCAGCUUAAUGGCCAGCAGAGGUCUUCCUUCCAGUCUGAUACACUGACAGUUUGCCUGUCUGUCAGUCUGUCCCCACCCACUCUCUCUAUCUUGGCUACCAGGAGGCCCUUCUGACAUCCCUGCUUCAGGCUGGAUAUCUGCCAUCCAAGGGGAAAUGUGAAUCCACAUGUCCCGAGAACCCAGAAGUACAAUGGCCUCCGACCUAGAGAGCAGCCUCACCUCCAUAGACUGGCUGCCCCAGCUGACCCUCCGAGCUAGUAUUGAGAAGCUUGGGAGCGCUUCUCAGGCUGGGCCUCCAGGGGGCAGCCGAAAGUGUUCCCCAGGCUCUCCCACGGAUCCUAACGCCACCCUCAGCAAAGAUGAGGCAGCAGUCCACCAAGACGGCAAGCCGCGGUACAGCUACGCCACCCUCAUCACCUACGCCAUCAACUCUUCUCCAGCCAAGAAGAUGACCCUCAGUGAGAUCUACCGCUGGAUCUGCGAUAACUUCCCCUACUACAAGAACGCUGGCAUUGGCUGGAAGAAUUCCAUUCGACACAACCUUUCUCUUAACAAGUGCUUCCGGAAGGUGCCCAGACCUCGGGAUGACCCUGGGAAGGGCUCUUACUGGACAAUUGACACCUGCCCGGACAUUUCCCGGAAGAGAAGACACCCUCCAGAUGAUGACCUGUCCCAAGACUCCCCAGAACAGGAGGCCAGCAAAAGCCCCCGGGGAGGUGUUCCAGGGAGUGGAGAAACCUCGCUGCCUCAUGAGGGGAAUCCUCAGAUGUCACUGCAGAGCCCCUCCUCCAUGGCCAGCUACAGCCAGGGCCCGGGGUCUGUGGAUGGCGGAGCAGUGGCCGCAGCAGGGGCUCCAGGCCGAGAAAGCACAGACGGUGCCCCUCCCCUCUACAACACCAACCACGACUUCAAAUUCUCCUACUCAGAGAUCAACUUUCAGGACCUAAGCUGGUCCUUCCGCAACCUCUACAAGUCCAUGCUGGAGAGGUCCUCCUCCUCCUCCUCCCAGCACGGGUUUUCCUCACUCCUGGGAGACAUGCAGCCUUCUAACAACUACUACAUGUACCAGCAGCCAGCACCUCAGCAGCAGCAGCAGCCGCCACCGCCGCAGCAGCAGCAGCAGCAACAGCAGCCGCAGCCGCCGCCACCCCAGCAGUCACAGCCCCAGCAGCCCCAGGCACCCACUCAGGGCCCCUCCGCUGUAGGGGGUGCCCCUCCACUGCACACCCCCAGCCCCGAUGGUUGUACGACACCAGGGGGAAAACCAGCUGGAGCCGAAGGCUACGGACCCCCCGGUGUGAUGGCCAUGCAUCCUCCCCCACUGCAGCACGGAGGCUACCACCCUCAUCAGCACCAUGCCCACCCCCAUCCUGCCCAGCAGCCGCCGCAGCAGCAAGCGCAGAGCCAGGCGCCCAUCAACAGCUCUGGCUUUGGUGAGCACGGAGGGGACAGAGAAAGCUGGGAGGAGGCCUUUCCUCCAGACUGGUGCUCCAAUAUCGACUCCUUAAAGGAAAGCUUCAAAAUGGUGAACCGGCUCAACUGGUCGAGCAUUGAGCAGUCCCAGUUCUCAGAGCUGAUGGAGAGUCUACGGCAGGCAGAGCAGAAGAACUGGACCCUCGACCAGCACCACAUCGCCAACCUGUGUGACUCCCUCAACCACUUCCUCACCCAGACUGGUCACAUGCCCCCGCAGGGGGGCUCCCACCGACCACCUGCCCCUGCCCGCAUCACUGACGCCUGUGCUCUCACCAGUGGCAAAGCGGAGCCAUCCAUGAACCAAGUGAACUCUUAUGGGCAUCCACAAGCCUCCCAUCUCUACCCUGGCCCAGCACCUAUGUACCCAAUCUCCACCCAGGACACAACAGGAUACAGCCGCCCAGCGCACCACAUGGUUCCGCGGCCGCCCGUCCCGCCUCCUGGUGCCACUGAGGAGAUUGCUGACGACUUCGACUGGGACUUGAUCACUUAGUGAGUCAGAUGGACGUCAGCCCAAGGCCUGGUGUGGAUUCUCACCGUGGCGGAAGAACGGUCCCCGCCCAUCCUCCCCAAACCUGUAUAUAGAUAUAUAGCUUCUGUCUGUUCUCUGUCAGAGAAGCCACCGCGAGAUGCUGCCGAAGAUAACCCCUUUCCUUCCUCAUUCUCCGGUUCCCUCCUAGUUCUUUUAUUAUUAUUCUAAUUAUAUUAUUGUUAUUAUUGGUUA